UUUUGGGCUGAGUCAUGCUCAUUGUCUAGUUGCAAUCCUUGUGUAACAUAUUUAUAGGAAAACAAGCUCCCACGAAAGUAACCAGCAUGUGUGAUACACACUCCAAGCCAAUCAAGCUGAUUGCUGCUGCAUGCAAGAACCUGGGCAUUGGCGUGAAUGGAAACUUACCAUGGAAUUUACCGAAUGAAUAUAAGUAUUUCAUCAACACGAUAACUUCAGUCACACAGCCAGGAAAGAAAAAUUUACUCAUGUUGGGUCGGAUAUCAUUUGGGACAUUUGAUGAGAAGUACUUACCUCUGCCAAACUGUGUUAUUGCACUCCUGAGCAAAAAGGAAAGCAAUUUGCCAGAACAUGCACAUUAUAUCUGCCGGAAUGAAGAAGAAGUUCUAAAAAUGGCAGUAACACCACCACUAUGUGACGAGGUUGAAACCAUAUGGAUUUUAGGAGGUGUGGAGACCUACAGAACUAUGAUGAAGCAUCCAUGGUGUGAUGAAAUCUAUUUAACAAGGAUUGAGGCUGACUUUGAAUGUGACACAUUUUUCCCUAAGAUAAACCAGGAGUUUUUUUCAUUGAUGGACAAGUAUCCUGGAGUUCCUUCAGAAGUUCAAGAAGAAAAAGGAUUAACUUACAUAUUUCAGGUUUAUAAAAGAAUUUAAAAUAUCAAAUCUUAAUACUAUUUGGAUCAAGGUCUAGAUUUAUCAAGCUGUUACAAGAGCAAAUAUGGAUCCAAUAUAUGAAGAAGGAACUGUCACAGAUUUACUUUUACAUUUCAUUUAGUAUCUGUCCCAGUGGACACACUCUAUUUUUAAAUAACUAAUGGAUAUGUUAUAAAAUCUUUCUUUGGAAAUAAAGAACCAAUUUAUAUGA